CACUGUAACACACUGUCACCAAAUUCAGUUCAUACAUCACUGCUCUCCUGAUGGUAAUAGGUACUACAACACUUAGUUUAGCAAGUAGCACAUAAAGGCCUUCUUUACACAAAUGAUGUUGGACACAGAUUAAAUACAACAGCUUUUGCAUGGCAUUACAAUUUAUUUAAUAUUUUUUACAGUACAACCAGCAGGACAGCAGUGACGUAUGAAUUUGGUGAUAGUACAGUGUGUUACAGUGAAGUUAUUGAGUAUUUUUCAUAAUAUAAAAUGACCAAAAGGAUUUUGGGUUUUGCACUUUUCAGACGGUCCCUUCAGACUUGUCUCUCCGCCGCCUGCUCAUAAAGACCAAUUUAUUAUAAAGCACAUUUGAGGAAAAUUGGGUUGUUGUAGCUCGUUGGUUACUGUGAUUGGAAAUGGCUGCAUUUAUGUUUUAACAAAUUUUAGCUCAAGAGUUAUUUAUCCGGGAAUCUCGAAUCUGUGAAUAUAUUGCCAACUUUACUGAACUGCUUGCACUGACUUGAACUGACUGCAUCUCGUUAUAUUUGAGUCCAGUAAGUUAAAACUCUAUGAGCCGCGCAUUAUUUGUGUGCAUUAUUAACGUAUGGAACUAGAAACACUACCGCCAGCCUGCGGGACAUUAAAGAGGAAGUGUUUGUCCGAGCUCACAGCAAGGGAACGCAAAUAUCUUUGAGAGGGAACGUAAAAGAAUUGGGGGGAAAAAAAUCCUCCCAUCCCAAAUUUUUUUCCACGACCACGUCCUUUUGGGAGCUCCGUAUCUUCACUGUUUGUAUAUGGACUCCCUGCUACAAAGAUUAACCUGAAUUGGGAAAAGUAAAUUGAUACAUGGAUGCAUUUCCUCUCUAUGUGUUGCCUUCCUGCUCCGAAUUUUCUCUUUUCUUAAUAAACCACAUUAUGGUCACCUUACUACUAAAAGUGAAUAUUGAUAAAAACGAAAGUAAAAAUCCUCAUGCUCGUCUUGGUCAUAUUUCCUGUACUGGUUGUGUUUGAUUGGCUCCCGCGCUUUUCUCUGUUUGAAUCUAACCGUAUCAAGGUAAGUUUUAGUUUUUGUAACCAGCAUGGCUUGAAUUAGAUUUGAAAACUUUAUUAAUGAAGCCAUGUUUCUGAGGCAUAGUGUUUGUGGAUGGAGGAAUCGUGCGUGUGUGCAUUAGUGUGGGUUUCUCUAAUAUUUUGAAGCUCUUUUGUAUUGACUUACUACUUCAAUUCUUUUAAAAGUAUCAAGUUUCCGUCGUAUGUGGAUUCUGUGCGACACCUGAAGUCUGCUGAAUAUGUAGACUCAUAGCACCUCAUAAAGUCAGCACCUCUCUUUAAGGAUCUUAAGUCAAAGUCCAUCAGAGUAAAAUGAAGAGAAAGUCUAAAUCUAAAACCAAACGAUCAUCAGCAACAAGCAGAUGUCUGUAUAAAAAGUCUAAAGUUGAUGCGGACCCAGAAUCAGAAAACAUUCCCCCUUGCCCAAGUCCAUUGCAAAAUAAAUCUGUAAGAGACCAUGUAAGGGCAAUUUUAGCUCAUACUCCUUCACAUCUGAAUAUCACUGCUUCAGCGGAUCAUGGAAGUCCAGUCAGCGCUCCAACAAUUAGCCAGACAAGUGUAAAAGGAAACAUAACUAUAAAUCAAAACUUUACAAUGGUCUUGCAGAAUCCCUCUGAUGAUUAUUCUUUGGCUGAGGAUCACCCAGAUGGGGGGACAUAUGAUGAAAAUCAAAAUCUUCCUUCACACAACACUGAACAGGUCCUUAAAAAAUGUAAAAGCUCUCAGCGUUUACAUCAUAAGAGACGCUUGUCCUUCAAAAAUUGUCAAGAGCAACCAACAUUAACUCUUGCAGAGGUGAAAAAGAACACAAAUUACUUAAGAGAGGUUAUUGUUACUGGAAAGAUCUUAGAGAGUCAGCCUGCAAUCAAUAUCCUACCUAAUGAAGAAGGGAUGCAUUAUUCUCAUCAUACACUGUAUGACAACACUGCAAAAGUUCACUUGAGUCUAGCAGAUGGAUUUUCUGUAACCCUCAAUCAGUGGUAUAUAUUUAAAAGUCUUUCCAUCUGUGACUUUGGCGAAGGAAAUGUACUCUGUUCAACUGAACUCACAACACUGGAGCCAUUUCCUCCUUUAGAAGACCAUUUACAGGAGCCUAAAGAGACAGUCAUCUCAGGGCUGGUCACUGAGGUAUUAUGGAACUUUGAGUAUUUUUGUUCAUGUGGUGCCACACUCUCUUUCUCGAAUUCCAAACUGUUCCAUAUUAAAUGCAAGGAGUGCAGAAAAAGCUGCAGGUGUGAAAGCGUUCAAAACAGAGCCAAGGCCAAUGUAACCAUCAAACAGCCCAAUGGAACAGAGCAGAGAGUGGUGUUAGAUGAUACACUGCUGCACUCCAUUGUUAGCUUUAAGAGAGAGGGAUACUGUGACAGUCAGCAGCUAGAGGAGCGUCUGCUGAGAGCUGAGAGAAUGACUGUAGUCUGUGUGAAUGAUGAGCCUCGGCGUGUGCAAAUAGAAGCAGUGGAAAAAGCAAAGACUGGGGCAAAAUCCCUUUUUUCUAGGUUGAGAUGUUGUGUGACAUGAAGCCUUGUCCAUUGAUAGCUGCAAAAAGGUCUUUUCACUUCAAUGAAAGAUUAUCUGUUCAAGUCAUUGUAUGUAUGAAUUGCAUUUACAAAUUAUGCAUUUACUAUGUUAAGUCAAGUCACCUUUAUUUAUAUAGCACUUUUUAUAAUACAUAUCAUUUCAAAGCAGUUUUACAGAGAAUGCAUGUCAAAAUUACAAUUUAAGAAGAAUGCAGUUAGCAAACAAUGUAAUAAUUUGGGCAAUUAAUUUACAAACACUGUUAGCAUUUAACUUUAAGGUAGAAGCAAUGAGCUCCUGGAAAAAGGAAUUACAUAUUAACAAUAAUUAGGCUAUAUAGAAAUUUGGGAAUGUGCAUGUAUUAUGUAUUUCUUUUAGAUUUGUUUUUUCCCCUGUUUGUGUAUGAUGGAUGUUUAUUGCAUAUGCCAGUAGAAUGUAAAUUUGACUUGAUCAGACUGUUUUGACAAGGAGAACAUCAAAACAGCUAAAUAACAUAAACUGACAACAAAGAGUAUGAGCUGUCAACACCCAGAUUAUUGUAAUCUGUUGUGGUUAUUGUAAUUUGUAUUUACAUUUUCAUAAAUUAGUAACACUUUACAGCUAGGUUUCAUUUGUUAACUA